AUGGACGAUAAAUGGAUUAUUGUCCAACAGAAAACCUUCACAAAAUGGCUCAAUACAAAAAUCGAACCGAGAGGGGUGCAGGUUAAAGAUCUCGUCACCGACCUAAGCGACGGCAUCCUUCUAAUACAUUUACUCGAGUGCUUGUCAAAUGAAUCGUUAGGGAGAUAUGCCGCCAGACCCAAGCUACGAGUGCAAAAGUUUGAGAACGCCAACAUAGCACUCAACUUCGUCAAGUCGAGAGGCAUUGCCAUGAUCAAUAUCGGUGCGGAAGAUGUCGUUGACGGCAAUAGAAAGAUUAUACUUGGCUUAAUAUGGACCCUCAUCCUGCGCUUCACCAUCAGUGACAUCAACGCCGAAGGAAUGACAGCUAAGGAGGGACUUCUAUUAUGGUGUCAGCGAAAAACGGCUUGCUAUGAUGAAGUGGAAGUCCGUGACUUCAGCACCAGCUGGAAUGAUGGCUUGGCAUUUUGCGCUUUGUUAGAUAUUCACCGACCAGAUCUGAUCGACUACGACGCAUUAGACAAGAGCGACCACCGCGGCAAUAUGCAAUUGGCUUUUGAUAUUGCUCAUAAGGAGAUCGGUAUCCCUGCCUUGCUGGAUGUUGAGGAUGUGUGUGACGUGCCUCGGCCCGACGAGAAGAGUUUAAUGACCUAUAUCGCCUAUUGGUUCCACGCCUUCUCGCAGAUGGAAAAAGUUGAGAAUGCCGGUCGACGUGUCGAAAAAUUCGUGAACAAUAUGCAAGGGGCAUGGGAGAUGCAGAGCGCCUACGAGAGAAGGAUGGCCGCAUUGUUAAAGCAAAUCAGAGAACAGAUCGAACAAUGGCAGCAGGCUACGUUUGAGGGCACCUAUAUCGAUGCCAAGCAACAGGCUACCGAGUUUGCAUCCCACAAGCGAGGCAAAAAAAGGGAUUGGGUCGCUGAGAAGAGUGACUUAGCAACACUUCUUGGAAACAUCAAAACCAAACUAGGCACGUAUCGCCUCAGAGCUUACGAGCCCCCGCCAGAGCUGUCAUUGGAGACUAUGGAUGCAGAAUGGGCGAACUUAACUAAAUCAGAAGUGAUGCGUGGUCAAUUGAUCAACGAGACUAUCAGAGACAUAAAGAACGCCCUUCGUAAGUCGUUUGCAGACAAAGCCAACGACUUUGCUUUAGCUCUCAACACCAUACAACUAGCCAUAUCAGGACUUGAAGGCGAAGUAGAAGACCAGCUUCUCCAUGUAAGGAGGCUCAGUAGUAGCUUGCCGCCUCUCGACCUAUAUCUCGAAAAAAUUGCCGCCGUCGAUGAACAAUGCCAGGAAGCCAACAUUGAAGAGAACGACUUCACUACCUAUACGUAUGAUGAAUUAUCUUAUGAACACGGACUUGUCAAGUCUUCAGUACAGAAGAAGCUUGCGUUCUUAGAUAACCAAAUGGUUGCUCGAAAUAUGACAAACUUGACUCCAAUCCAGCUAGAAGAAUUCGAAUCUGUAUUCCGUCAUUUCGACCGGGAUGAUACGAACUCACUAUCUGAACUCGAGUUUUCGGCAGCGCUGGCGUCCCUUGGCCUUGUAUUCAGCGAAGAUGAGAUGCACGACUACUUCCUCGAAACGUCGCAUGGUCGUGACCGAGUUUCUUUCGAACAGUUCAUCCGCUUCAUGGUUGACGUGACUGAAGAUCAGAACACAGCUGAACAAGUAUUCCAAUCAUUCCGAGAGGUCGCUGACGGGAAACCAUAUGUUACUGAGAUGGACCUACGGCACUCCCUUGUUCCUGACGAGGUUAUCGAGCAACUGUGUAAUAUUGUGCCGCUCCACACUGGCCCAGAUAUGGCGGAGGACCGCGGUGUGCCUCAGUACGACUACAUCAGCUUUAUGGAGAAGCUCAUUUCGUCCGACACAAGCGCCAACCUCCAGAAUACAAAUGGGAGAAGUAGCCCUACAAAAAAGACUAAUGGAGUGCACUCAUAG